CAAACCUUCAUCAAGCCCCCGACGCCCCAACGGACCUCGAGACAAGCAACCCUUCAUCUGAGGACUUGUCUGGAGCUGCCAUCAUGGCGCCACCCAAGGAUACCAUGUUCCGCUCGGCGGACAUGUCUUUGACCCAGCUCUACAUUGCUAACGAGAUUGGCCGCGAGGUUGUCUCUGCACUUGGAGAGCUUGGAGUCAUGGACUUUAGAGAUCUCAACUCGGAGACGACCGCCUUCCAACGUACCUUUACGCAAGAGAUUCGCCGCCUGGACAAUGUGGAAAGACAGCUUAGGUACUUCCACGCUCAGAUGGAAAAGUCGAGCAUCACGAUGCGAUCGAUCUACGACUUUAAUAACCCAUUUACCGCUCCCUCGGCUUCCGAGAUCGACGAGCUCGCAGACAAGAGCCAGAGCCUGGAACAGAGAAUCUCGUCAUUGAAUGAGAGUUAUGAGACAUUGAAGAAACGCGAGGUCGAGCUUACAGAAUGGCGAUGGGUGCUGAGAGAGGCUGGUGGCUUCUUUGACAGGGCACGUGGCCAGACCGAGGAGAUUAGGCACUCUCUCGACGAUAAUGAUGAUGCCCCGCUGCUUCAGGAUGUUGAACAGAAUGGUCAAGGCGAUACCGGCGCGGAGCGCUCCUUCACUGUCAUGAACAUUGGUUUCGUUGCUGGUGUCAUCCCCCGUGAGCGCAUUGCGGCUUUUGAGAGGAUCCUGUGGCGUACGCUUCGUGGCAAUCUGUACAUGAAUCAGUCUGAGAUUCCGGAGGCCAUCAUCAACCCUGAAACCAACGAGGAGACCAGCAAGAACGUCUUCAUCAUCUUCGCUCAUGGCAAGGAGAUCAUCGCCAAGAUCCGAAAGAUUUCUGAGUCGCUUGGUGCCGACCUAUACAGCGUAGACGAGAACAGCGAGCUUCGUCGCGAUCAAAUUCGCGAGGUCAACACCCGACUUAGUGACUUGGCGAGCGUCCUGAAGAACACAAAAUCUACGCUGGACGCAGAAUUGACUGCGAUCAGCCGCAAUCUUGCGGCAUGGAUGGUCAUCAUCAAGAAAGAGAAGGCUACAUACGAGACGCUGAAUAAAUUCUCCUACGAUCACCAGCGCAAGACGCUUAUCGCUGAGGCUUGGGCGCCUACCAACUCACUUGGGUUGAUCAAGUCCACCCUUUCGGACGUCAACGAGCGUGCUGGCCUAUCCGUACCCACCAUUGUUAACCAGGUCAAGACUACCAAGACUCCGCCAACCUACUUCAAGUCGAACCGAUUUACUGUCGGUUUCCAGACCAUUAUCGACGCCUAUGGAACGAUCAAAUACCGCGAGGUCAAUCCGGCCCUGCCCUCGAUCGUCACCUUUCCGUUCAUGUUCGCGGUCAUGUUUGGUGAUGCCGGACACGGUGUCAUCCUCCUCCUUGCGGCGUGUGCCAUGAUUUAUUUCGAGAAGCGACUUCAGCGCAGCAAGCUCGAUGAACUCUUCUCCAUGAUGUUCUACGGUCGAUACAUUGUCUUCAUGAUGGGCCUCUUCUCCAUCUAUACUGGUCUGCUCUACUGCGAUGCUUUCUCGCUUGGACUUCCAUGGUUCAAGUCGAUGUGGGUGUGGGAUAAUGACGGCGCGGGCCCCACGGCCUCACGAGUCGAAGGCUACACAUACCCAUUCGGUCUAGAUUACCGAUGGCACGACACCGAAAACGACCUACUGUUCUCGAAUAGCUACAAGAUGAAGCUCAGUAUUCUUCUUGGCUGGUCCCACAUGACGUUUUCGCUGAUGUGGUCUCUUGUCAAUGCUCGGUACUUCAAGACCAAGAUCGAUAUCUGGGGCAAUUUUGUUCCUGGCAUGAUAUUCUUCCAGUCAAUCUUUGGAUACUUGGCUUUCACUAUCGUGUACAAGUGGUGCAUUGACUGGCCAGCACGCGGCGAGAACCCCCCCAGUCUCCUGAACAUGUUGAUCUACAUGUUCCUGCAGCCUGGCACGCUUGAAGCUGGAGUCAAGCCAUUGUAUCCCGGGCAGGCUGCCGUUCAGGUUGUUCUGCUGCUGAUGGCCCUGGCCUGUGUUCCCGUACUCCUUUUCCUUAAGCCGCUCUACCUCCGAUACGAGCACAACAAGGCUCGCGCUCUAGGUUACCGUGGCAUCGGCGAGAGCACUCGUGUCAGUGCUUUGGAUGACGACGAUGAUGAGGAGGAGAGUCGUCCUAUGAACGGUGGACGAGAGAGUUUCGGAGAUGACGACGAUGGUAUUGCUAUGAUAACCCAAGACAUUGGCCACGGCGAAGACCAUGAAGAGUUCGAAUUUAGUGAGGAAAUGAUUCACCAAAUCAUCCACACCAUUGAAUUCUGUCUCAAUUGUGUCUCCCAUACUGCCUCCUACCUCCGUCUCUGGGCCCUCUCCCUCGCGCAUCAACGUCUCUCCAUUGUCCUCUGGGAAAUGACUAUGAAGAACGCGUUCGAAAUCACUGGCGUCACUGGCGCUAUUGUUAUGGUUGUCGUCUUCUACUUUUGGUUCGCGCUCACUGUCGCUGUGCUGUGUGUUAUGGAGGGAACGAGUGCCAUGUUGCAUUCACUACGCUUGCACUGGGUUGAGGCGAUGAGCAAGCAUUUUAUUGGCGAUGGCGUGCCGUUCGAGCCGUUUAGUUUCAAGGUAUUAUUGGAGGAGGAUCCGGUUGAGUAAGGUAGUGUUUUCUUUUGUUUGUGACUUGAUGGAGUGUAGGAUUAUGCUGGGCCUAUAAGUUGCGUAGGUGACUGAAAGGUCUGUAUAUAGAAAUGUACAAUGUACUGCGCAUCGUUAAUAGCAUGCUUUACCAAAACUUGUGUUAGGUGCACUAGUCGUAGGCC